GAGAAAGCGCGAGCAUGUUUUGCCUCGAAGGCAAGACUUGCAGCCAAUCAGCGUGUAGGAGCCUCCCUCUGCGACUCCAACAUUGAGUCUAUAACCGGCUGGCCGGGCGGAGCUGGCAGCAUUUGACUGUGGCUUGGGACGCGGAGAGAGGCACGCAGCGACUGACCGACGACCAGCGAUGGUCUAAGCGCCCCUCGGCCACCCCUCCCCCAGACGCCACCAGACCCUGUCCUCGCCCUCUGGACACACAUCCCACCUGGGCUCCUCCGCCUACCCGGCGCUCCUGUCCGCCCUCUUCGGCGCUCCUCGGAGGAGGCCUGGGGAGCUGCGGCGCCCGCCAGUAUGAGCGGCUCCUUCGAUCGCAAGCUCAGCAGCAUCCUCACCGACAUCUCCAGCUCGCUUAGCUGCCAUGCAGGCUCCAAGGACUCACCCACCCUGCCCGAGUCUUCGGUCACUGAUCUGGGCUAUUACAGCGCUCCCCAGCAUGACUACUACUCGGGCCAGCCCUACGGCCAGACGGUGAACCCCUACACCUACCACCACCAGUUCAAUCUCAAUGGGCUCGCUGGCACUGGCGCUUACUCGCCCAAGUCGGAAUAUACGUACGGGGGCUCCUACAGGCAGUAUGGAGCAUACCGGGAGCAACCGCUGCCUGCCCAGGACCCAGUGUCGGUGAAAGAGGAGCCGGAAGCCGAGGUACGCAUGGUGAACGGCAAACCCAAGAAGGUCCGAAAGCCGCGCACCAUCUACUCCAGCUAUCAGCUGGCUGCCCUGCAGCGCCGUUUCCAGAAAGCCCAGUAUCUGGCCUUGCCGGAGCGCGCCGAGCUAGCUGCACAGCUGGGCCUCACACAAACACAGGUGAAAAUCUGGUUCCAGAACCGCCGCUCCAAGUUCAAAAAGCUCUACAAGAAUGGGGAGGUGCCCCUGGAGCAUAGUCCCAACAACAGCGACUCCAUGGCCUGCAACUCACCACCAUCACCAGCCCUCUGGGACACGUCUUCCCAUUCCACUCCAGCCCCCACCCGAAAUCAGCUGCCCCCACCUCUCCCGUACAGUGCCUCCCCCAACUACCUGGAGGACCCCACCAACUCCUGGUACCACGCACAGAACCUCAGCGGACCCCACUUACAGCAGCAGCCACCUCAGCCGGCUACCCUGCACCAUGCCUCCCCUGGGCCUCCGCCUAACCCUGGGGCUGUGUACUGAGCACCCACCUGGCCUGCGCCCCCCCCUACGAAGGACCCCCAGGACCAGGCAGAAGAUGCCCUAUCCUAGUGACACUCAGGAAUCAUCGAGGGGCACAGGGGAAAGACUCCCUCCCCCCUCCCUUGUCCCUUCUUCCAGGGACCCAAGAACCUUCAGAUGAGAUAUGCAUGGACCAAGGAUGCUCUCCCAAACCAACCUCCUUCCCCCUGCUUAGACUGGGGUGCCCUCCAGAUGUUGAGGCAUUUCACUCCAGUGGGGACAGCACAUGCUCUCUGCUCCAGGAACCUGGAUUGCCUCU